AUGGGGUUCAUUGCAGCCGUUGGUAGACACAAGCCCUUGGGAGACAGGGUGCUUGUUGUAACCAAGACAGCAGAGCAGAAGACCAUAGGUGGUAUUCAGUCGCCUUCUACCGCUCAGACUAAGCCACAAGGAAGUGAGCUCCUUGCUAUUGAGAAGGGUAAGACCAUCGGAAAGGCCCAAGUCGAUGUUAGUGUGAAGACUGGUGCUCAAAUCAUUUACUCCAAAUAUGCCGGAACUGAAGUGGACUUGAAUGGAGUAAUCCAUCUUUUAUUGAAUGACGAUGGCAUUGUUGGUAUUCUCGAGAUCGAAGAUGUCAAGGAUUUUAAGCCCCUGAGCGAACGCGUGUUAAUUAACGUUGAGGAGGCCGAGAAGGAAACUGCUGGUGGGUUACUUCUAACAGAGGAUAGCAAGGAGAAGCCCUCCAUUGGAACGAGUGCUUCAUAG